AUGACGAGCAGUUUGUAUGGUCAAUCGACUAGUCGCGAAAAACGUUAUUUAAAUGUCUCCGAUGCAUCUUCGUUAUUCGAUCUGCAAGCUGAAUUAUAUCGGAAAAAGGCUGAUAUUGAAAAGAAGUCGAAGGAUUUCCAAGUGCCAACAGCGUCAACAUCUAAGAAAGGUAUUCUUUUUAUAACAAAAGACGAAGCAAAAGCGAAAGCUGAAGAGAAUAAGCAGCGUGAAAUACGGUUGAAGAAAUUGGAACGUAGUUUAAAGGAAGAAGAAGAGCAACAACAACGGAUACAACGAAUUUUGCAAGAAAAAAGCGAAAUUUAUAGUCGUCUUAGCAAUGGAGAAUCUUUAGCAUAUCAGGAUGGUAAUCCGGUCGAAUUUCUCGUAGAUUUUACAGCUAAAGCUCGAGAAGAUGAAUGUCGAAGAAUUGAAGAAGAAGAAAAAGCAAAGGCGGAAAAGAGCGAGGCUGUACAUUUUGUGGCUAAUGAAGAGCAGCGAUUAUACGGUGCAUCACAUUUUACCUUCUCACAAAGUGAAGCGAAAAGGCAAGAAGAAAUGAAGGAACUUCUUGAACUUACUCAGAAAACAAAAGUGGAUCGUGAAAAGCGAAAAGAAUUUUUGGAGAAACGUGAAUUGCAAAAGAUUGAAAGACUGAACAAAGUUCGUAAAAGGAAAGGUCUCGAGGAAAUUAAACCACCAUCUGAAAUUGCAGUUCAAUAUCUUGAUAUACCAUUGCCCGAUGAUGACAAAGUCGAAUCCAAAAAGAAGAAGAAACCUAUCAAAGUUCGUGAAUGGGACAAAGGAAAAGAAGCUUAUAUGAAGUGGAUAAAUGGUCGUCGAGAUGAGAGAGAUGAAGAAUUUGGACCUCCUUCAAGCUAUUUCCUAAAAUAG